ACCCCCGUCUUCCCCUCCCCAUGCAUCUCUCCCAGCAGGGCACGGUGGGAAGAUGGGCUCCCACGGACCGGGACUCACGCUGGCAUGCUGCCUGCUGCUGGCCUUUACCUGUGGCCCGGUGCUGGGCCGAGCGCCACGUGGCCCGCAGGAGCAGGAGGAGCAGGAGGGGACCAAGGAGCCACUGCUGGACCAUGCUGAGAGAGUUGAAGACAAGCAUGAGAAAUACAGCCCCCGGCAGGGUGAGGAGCGCCCUGCCUCCCGGUGCUAUCGCUGCUGUGACCCUGGUGCCCCCGUGUACCCGGCCAUCCCGGUGCCACAGAUCAACAUUACCAUCUUGAAAGGUGAGAAGGGUGAUCGGGGAGAUCGAGGCCUGCAAGGGAAAUAUGGCAAAACAGGCUCAGUGGGCGCCCGGGGCCACGUGGGCCCCAAAGGGCAGAAAGGGUCCAUGGGGGCCCCUGGGGACCGGUGCAAGAACCACUACGCCGCCUUCUCGGUGGGUCGGAAGAAGCCCCUGCACAGCAACGACUACUACCAGGCGGUCAUCUUCGACACGGAGUUCGUGAACCUCUACGGCCACUUCAACAUGUUCACGGGCAAGUUCUACUGCUACGUGCCCGGCAUCUACUUUUUCAGCCUCAACGUGCACACCUGGAACCAGAAGGAGACGUACCUGCACAUCAUGAAGAACGGGGAGGAGGUGGUGAUCCUCUACGCCCAGGUGAGCGACCGCAGCAUCAUGCAGACGCAGAGCCUGAUGCUGGAGCUGCAGGACCAGGACGAGGUGUGGGUGCGCCUGUACAAGGGCGAGCGGGAGAACGCCAUCUUCAGCGACGAGUUUGACACUUACAUCACCUUCAGCGGCUACCUGGUCAAGCACGCGGCCGAGCCCUAGCCGCCCGCCAGCCUCCUGCCCCGCCGCCGCCACCGGAGGCUAACCUCCGGUUCUCCCCACCUCCCCUCUCCUCUGCCCCCGUCGUCGCUGGACCCCUGCGGUCCAGCACCAGGCUGACUCCAUCAGCUCUUCCCCACAAUCUGAGUUUCCCUGGUCCCCCCACUUUCCCAGCUUUGGCGUUCAACGCACAGGGCCCUUCGCAGGAAUGGGAGGGAAAAACGGCUGUGUGGUCCCAGGCCUUGCUGUCUCCAGACAAAAUUUUUGGGGCGGGUGCACGUGAGAAUGGCUGGGACCUCCAGCUCCCCUCUGUGGAGCUGUCUUUACGAGACCCCCCCACAGUGCACUGUGAUGCGGCAGGGUGUGUCCCACAGGAAGUUCUCCUUGCUCCCGUGCUGGAAAUAAUUAAGCAAAUUCGACAGGCUGUGACAAGAGCACAGUCACCGGGAGGAAAGGCAGGCCUUCUUAUUGUUGCCUUUCUACCACCCACACUGGCUCCGCAGGGAGGCCCAGCUCCUCUCCAGGUUGCAGGAGACUCCUUUUAACAGGAGAUCUAAAGGGGACAGGGGGAGGGGUGCGGGCUGUGGGGACUCAGGAAACCACAACUGGCUUCAUUCUUUUAGGCCACAUGUGAACCUUCUCGUGGGGCAGCUGGUCUCAUGUCCACAUUCUGUGGCCAGCCCUGCGGCCUUGCUCGAGGGUUCAGGGGCCUUUCUGAGCCACAACCGUGAGAGGGGUCAGGCUGGGCCAGCAAAUGUGAGCUCCUCAGAGGGACAGCCAGGCCCUUGGCCUUGGUCUCUGUGCUGGGAGAAGCAGCCCACUUGCUGGAACCCAUAGGCUCCUGACAGCAGCUGGGGACCUGAGGGGCCCUCGGCCUGCAGACGUCUCUAGGAGGCCAAAGCUUAGACCAGCAGGGCAGAGCCGUCCAUCCUGGCGUGGCCCUGCUCCCCUCCCCCAGCACGGCCUCCGUGCCUGUCACCCUGGCACUGGCUUCUGUUCCUCCUCUCAGACGGGUCACCCGUGAAGACACCAGGACCUUUGAUCUUGUAGCAGCUAUCGUGCUCAUAUAACAUUUCCUGCAAAGCCUCCUGGCGCCCCACCGCAGAUCCCCAUUUCCACAGGGUGCAGCAGUCAGCCCCUUGUGUCCUCCCCCAGGCCUCUUCGGGCAGCGGGAGCUGGGGAGAGCUGGAAGGGGUUGGGGCUCCCCUCUGCCUGUCUCAGAGUUCCUGCAGGGUUCAGCCCCUGAGACCAGGAGAGAGAGCCUGUCCCAACCACUGGGGUCAGAGCCCCCCCUGAGGUGGGGUGCGGGACGCCCGGAGAGGCCUGCUGCCUGGAAUUGGUGCUCUGGCCUGCGGCUGACUUUGGCCUGGCAGCAUUAACGCCCAGUACCGGGCUCCACUCCUACCUGCGUGGGACCCAAACCCCCACAGGAGGCUUCCUUCCCCGCACCUGCUGACCUGUGGUCUUGACCGGUCCCUCCGCCCUUCCUGGGCCUGGCCACGGGUUCUGGGGUCCGGGAUCCACAUGUCCCUUCCUCUGAAGGACUUCUGCUGGUCAGAUCUCAAAUCUGUCUCCACGGGCGUGCCAGCGAGUGGGGCGUCCGCUGCUGCUUUGUGCUGUUCGAUGCUCUCUGAAAACAUUAAACUUGGAAUUGUGUGUUUCAGCA